UAUUUCAAAAACAACACAUUUAAUCCACGACCUGAGAGUUCUUUCUAACAAGAGCACAGAGAGGUCUCUCUCUCUCGUAUCACAAUGAAUAGCUGUUCCCAAUGUGCGAGGUUUACCGCAUAUCCGCUCGACACAGGCCAACGACGUCAAUUCAUUAACGUCUUCAGUUCAAUAGCGUCUAGGACUGGGUAUAAAUGUAGAAAUAUGAGAAUUAGCAUGAGAGAUAGGAGCAAAAAUCGAAAGCCCUUACAAAAGGGGAGAAACCUCAGUAUAGAAGCAAUUCAAGCUGUUCAGGCACUGAAGCGAGCCAACAAAAACGAUGAAUCCACGCUGGAGCAGGUGUUUGAUAGCAAGGUCAGGCGUUUGCUCAAGAAUGAUUUGAUUGCCGUUCUUCGCGAACUCAUCCGCCAGAACCAAUGCCUCUUAGCUCUUAAGGUUUUUGAGGAAGUUCAGACGGAGAUAUCGUAUAGGCCACAACUCAAACUGUAUGCUGAAAUGGUGUCCUGUUUGGGAAGCAACGGAUUGCUUGAAGAGAUCAAGUAUCUUAUCAUGGCAUUGAAAAUGGAUAGUAGUUUACCACCUGACAUUGAGGGCUUUUAUGCAUUGUUGGAAAGCUUAUUGAAAUUUAAUCUCUCUAGUCUUGCGCUGGAGGUCUUUUACUUGAUGAAGUUGAGAGGAUGUGAUCCCGAUAAGUUGACCUUUAAACUAUUAAUAAACGGAUUGGAAUCGAACGAAGAAACGGAUCUUUCAGCUUUUGUAAGGCAGGAAGCAGAGAAGUAUUAUGGCCACUCCCUUAAUUUCCUAGAUGAGACUGAAGAUGACAUACCUAGCUUAAAGCAAAUGUAUUGAACUAUAUGCAACAACAACAACAACAACCUAGUGAAAUCCCAUAUGUUGGGUCUCGGGAGGGUAGUGUGUACGCAGAUCUUACCCCUACCCUGAAGGAGUAGAGAGGUUGUUUCCGAUAGAGCCUCGGCUGUAUUGAACUAUAUAAUCAGUGGUUAAUAUAUAUGAGAUAUAAGUUUGUUGCAUGUGUGGAACACCUAUAUGUGGAUCCCUAAUUGUUGAUGUUUUGUGUUGGUUACAGUGACUCUACUGGGACUUCAUAAGAGAGGAUGUUCGCUGAUCUACAUUUUCACCUUUUGAAAUUAAGAAAGUUCAGUUAUUAGA